AUGAACAAUAUUAGUACUCCUCCACGACCACAUGAAAUCAAACCCCAACUAAACGACCUCGUCGUCUCCGCCACCGCCAUCGCCACCACAAGUGACCAGUCGCCGACAAGUAGUAAUAGCAACAGCAACGGCAACAACGGCAACGGCAGUACUAAAAAUAAUAAGAAGGGGAAAGGAAAAGGUGGGCCGGACAAUAACAAGUUCAGGCCACCCGGGUUCGGGUUGACUUUCUAUUCGGCGCCGUCGUCGUCGUCGACGGCUCCUCAGUUCUCCGCCGUUGUACCGCCGGGCUCCCUCCAGUACAUUCCGUACGGUUUCUACCACAACGUGGUACAACAAUUCCCUACUACUGAUAGCAAUUCUCUAUUACUCCAACAAUGUCAUCAGCAACAGGUUGGGGUUCAUCAAGAGGAAGAUUACGGAGUCAAAAAUGAGAAUGUUGGAUUCGGAAUUGGGCCCACUUUCACACCAAAUACGGCCGCAUCCACUCCGUACGGUACUAGUACUAGUAGUACUGUUGGAAACCUUAGUUAUCAUCAGCAUCAGGAGGAGGGAUUUGAGUUGGAACAACAAAGUCAGCAGCAUCAGAAUAAUAGUUUGUACGAUGAAGGGAACAACAACAACUUCGGGAAUUCGGUUGAUUUAGUAGGGUCGGCCGGAUCGAGCUUGUCGCUUUGUGUGGCUCCGGCUCAUGUGGGCAUAUCUGCACCGUCGUCGACCGUGUUUUCGGAGUCUACGGAUCCGACGGUUAGUGUAGCUCCUGGAUCUCCAGGGUUAAUGUGGCCAUCUUUGACUAGUGAGUAUGACUAUCCAUCUACUAGUAUUUGGGAUUAUGGUGAUCCUUUUGAUUUUUGA